GCGGGCGCUGGGGUCGGGCGGCGUCCUCGUCCAGUCAGGGAGGGAGGAGGGAGGUGGAGAGACGCGGGGCGAGCGGCGGUCGCGAUUUAUCCAUCGCAUCUGAGCCUCUCACUGGUGACUGGCCUGCGCACCCGCUUCCCACUUCACACUUCCCACCCCGUCAAGCAAGCUGCGACUGCGAGGCGGGAAAGCAGCGAGCGAACCGGAGAAAUAUCAAGUUAACAACCCCCCCCCCUCCAAACCCAAACACACUUCCCUCGGUUCGACCUCCGCCAUUUCGCCGUCGCCAUGGGCAUCAAGGGUUUAACGAAGCUGCUCGCGGACAAUGCCCCCAAGUCCAUGAAGGAGCAGAAAUUCGAGAGCUACUUCGGCCGCAAGAUUGCCAUUGACGCCAGCAUGAGCAUCUACCAGUUCCUGAUUGUGGUGGGAAGGACUGGAAUGGAGACUCUAACCAAUGAGGCAGGCGAAGUUACAAGUCAUUUGCAGGGUAUGUUCAACCGGACGAUAAGAUUGCUAGAGGCUGGAAUAAAGCCAGUAUAUGUUUUUGAUGGUCAGCCACCUGAUUUGAAGAAACAAGAGCUUGCAAAAAGGUUCUCAAAGAGGGAGGAUGCCACCAAGGACUUGUCUACAGCCAUUGAGGCUGGUGAUAAGGAAUCAAUUGAGAAGUUUAGCAAAAGGACUGUCAAGGUCACAAAACAACACAAUGAAGACUGUAAACGACUCUUAAGACUGAUGGGUGUCCCCAUAAUUGAGGCGCCUUGUGAAGCGGAAGCAGAGUGUGCGGCACUUUGCAAAAGUGAUAAGGUGUAUGCUGUGGCCUCAGAAGAUAUGGAUUCACUAACUUUUGGUGCUCCAAGGUUUCUUCGCCACUUAAUGGAUCCAAGCUCAAAAAAGAUCCCAGUGAUGGAAUUUGAAAUUGCAAAGGUUUUGGAGGAGCUUGAGUUCACCAUGGAUCAAUUCAUCGACUUGUGUAUUCUUUGUGGAUGUGACUACUGCGAUAGUAUCAAAGGUAUUGGGGGACAAACAGCUCUAAAGCUUAUUCGGCAAUAUGGUUGCAUAGAAAAUAUGCUGGAAAAUAUUAAUAGAGAAAGGUAUCAAAUACCAGAGGAUUGGCCUUAUCAAGAAGCUCGACGCUUAUUUAAAGAACCUAUGGUCUCUGUUGAUAUUCCAGAACUUAAGUGGACUUCUCCAGAUGAGGAAGGUCUUGGAAAUUUUUUGGUGAAGGAAAAUGGUUUCAAUCAGGAUCGAGUGACAAAGGCAAUAGAAAAGAUUAAAGCUGCCAAAAAUAAAUCUUCCCAAGGGAGACUGGAGUCCUUCUUCAAGCCAGUUGUGAGCACGUCUACGCCUCUUAAACGGAAGGAAAAAGGAUGCAAGCUAGGCACUCCACAGCUAACGCUCAAGUCUAGUAUGUUUACCAUUCAGGUCUCCUCGAGGUCGAGCUUUCAUAUUGGUAGCUCGAAGCUGCCAAGGCCAGGGUGCCAGUUCGGAUACCAUAACGCAUUAUCCCUCACUUCUUGCUUCAGCACUUGAAGCCAUAAAGCAUCACUGGUCUUUGAACAGUGCAUAGAAAUUGUGUUGCUCUUUGAUACUCGAAAGAGUGAACAUUUCUGAACUUCAACUUGUACUUAUUUACUCUUUCUAAUAUUUAUCUGUUUAUCUUAAUUAUGGUUAUUGGUUCAUAUCACUAUGAGGAUGGAUCAUUGAAAGGAGUCUCCUCCACUAUUAUGUUGAGUAGAGAAACAGGUUCCUCUAAAAUUAGAGUUGUCAAACAAUUUGUAGCUUGCGUUGCCAUCGUAAGUUGCAAACCGUGCUUCUUCCUUUCCAUGCAAGAGAGAGCUGGUUUUCUUUUUAGCUUGUUUAUGUUGUCUGAAAUUGUUAAUAUAAGUUCACUAUUGCUGUUUAAGUUGUUA